AUGGCUCAAACUCCCCAGCAAAGGAAGGCCAACGAAAGGUUCGCGAAGCAGGAAUCUGCAAAGCGUGGUAAAGGCAAGACAGUUGUCAAGUCAAAGCAGACUCCAAGGUCGCCUGUGUCCACUGUGUGGGUGGCCAUUCUCGCGUUCGUUGUCUGUGGAGGAAUCUUCCUUGAAGUUCUAGGGAUCGUACCGAAGCUUUGGUCCACCGUGGUCGCAAGCGUCAGCCGCUUAAUACUUUGA